CUGUUUUCACUUUGUCGCAAAUUUCACUUCACUUCAAACUGUUAUAAUUCUUUCCACCAUGCGACAAAAUUUCAUUGGUAUGGUUGUCAGCACAGCAAUGUCCAAGACCGUCAAGGUCAAGGUCGUUAGACAAAAGCUUCACCCGAUCGUCAUGAAGACUAUUCGCUCACACAAAAACUACCUCGUACACGACGAGAAUGCCAAAUGCACCUUGGGCGACAUUGUCAGAAUCGAAGCUUGCAGACCUCUCAGCAAAAACAAGCACUUCAGCGUGGCCGAGAUCAUUCGAAGUACUGGUGAAUCGCAAUCAGCUACCAAGACACCUUCAGCCUAAAAACCAUACCUUCAUUGUACAAUACUCUUCUUUUUGCUUCUCCUUCUACCAAAAUUUGCCAUUAUAGACUUUCAUUA